AUGAAUAAACCAACAAAAAAGCUUAAAAAAGAUCAAUAACAGCAACUCAAAGAUAUGAAUGAGUGUGAUCAGCUUAAAACCUAAGUAAAUAGUCUGAAAGAAAUUAUAAGCAUGAUGGAGAAAAGCGUAAGAGAGACCCAUAAGGAGAAUUUUCCACUUUAAGAUAUGCAGUAUCAAGCUAAUCUUGAAACUUUGCUACAAAAAUGGAGAUAAAAAGUAUAUGAAUUGCUUGUUGAUAAGAAAAGAGCACAAACUCCUCCACAUAUGACUACUGAAUAUUAAAAGCUUAUUUAAACAAAUACAAUUUUGAGCAAUAAAAAUAGGGAGUUAGAGUAUAAGAUCUCAGAAUUAAAUGAGAGACUCAUCUCAGCUGAUGCUUUUAAGGUCUAUUAUGAGGAGUAAUAGGCUGAACUCUAAAAUAAAAACAUAUAAAUGUCGUAGUUACAACUUACCAAUCUCAAAGAUUAAGAUCAAUUCAAUUUGGCAGUAAUUAAACUUAAAGAAAACCUUAGUCUUUAAACAGACUAUAACAUACAGCUUGAAGAAGAAGUCAGAUAAUUGAAGCAGCAACUGCAAAAGACUAAAGAAGAUCUUCGAGAAAUAGAGCAGUUAUCAAACCCAUACUCUAUUCCAAAGAAUUUAAAUAAGCAAGAAAAUCCAACACUACUUGGCGGAGGAAACGGAAUAGGCAUGGGUAAUUGGCUUUAAAGUCCUAUUCAAUCAAAGUUAGAUAGCAAUAAUGGCUCUCUGAAGAAUCUAAAUGAUAUUCCUUAUCCUUUCUCUUAACAUUACCUCAAAAAUAGUAAUAGCAACCUUAAUGCCAAUUAAAACGAGAGUUCUAGAUUUGGAGAAAGUAAGAUGCAAAAGGUUUAUAGUGAAGUAAUGAGUCUCUAGAGCAAGCAGUUAUCUGGAAGUAAUUUAGAAUAAAAAAAUAGUGUGAUAAGGACUAUGAAUCAAGGUGGGUAUUAAUAGUUUGACAGAGAAAUGCUGAAGGAUGAAAAGUUUUUCUCAAGUAAUUUACAAAAUUUAGUGGGGAUUAAUAACAACACAAUUAAUUAAAAUUUCAUCAAGAAUUAUGAGGAGGAUGAUGAAGAGUAAUCAAGAAAAAAACUAGAUGAUAUUGAGAGAAUAGCAGAUGAGUUGCUGAAGGAUAUAGACGAUGAUUUUUUGAAUAUUUGA